AUGCUCUCAACUAGUGCACCGUCUACGCUUUCCACUCAUCCGGCUGGAAAAGUCUUCGCCGACAUCAUCAAGAAGAUUCUCCAGUAAGCUUCUAUUAAAAAUUGAAACCGCGUGAGCUCUAGAUGAUUGGCAUUGCUAAAUUUUCAGUUUUAGCAGUCAAUAAGCAGAUUUUUCUUUCAGUCCGGCUACCAAGAAGAAGGCGAUCGGGACACUGAUAAAUGAAAUUAAAAAUUAUCACAACGAAGCGUUCAUCGACCACAACCGACGCUUCGUUACUCAGAUCAUGAUGAUGUUUCCCGGCGAUGAGAAAAAGACCGCCGAGUUCGUCACUCUCAUCGGACUCUUUGCCCUGAGUGGCUAUCGCUGUCAUCAUCAGGAAGUCAUCGACGAGUUGAAGAAGCUGGUGGUGGCCGUCAAAGCUCCGAAGCAGCUCCGUUCCUACAGCGCGAUUGUUCUGGCCGUGCUCCGCCUCUUCACGGAUAUGCCUCCUUUGGAGAAGAGCAACGUGAAACAGUUUUUGAAGAAGAUGAGCUACGUGGUCGACGAAUUGGACGUUCAGCGUCAGUGCCAUGUUGCUUACAUGGCGACCCUCAACUUCCAGGAAUACCUAAAAUCGUUUGGCACUUCGGAAGGAAGGGUCCCGGAUGUGGAAUUGACCCACACCCAGCACCUCGAGGCUCUCCGUCGCUGCCUUGGAGAACUGCUCACGCACGAUGGGCUCGUUGAACACGAGUGUUUCAAUGAGGGGGUCAAGGCAGUCAUUCGGCACCUAACAUCGGGUUAGUUUCAAAAUGAUCGAGCAAUUAUUAGCCAGUUCAUAUACGUCUAUUUCAGAAUCUGCGGACUUGGAAGAAGACGGGUUUUCUGUCAUCGAAGACAACGAGUUUCUCGAACUGUUCGAGGAUUUCGACGGAUACGUUCAUUUGUGA